AUGUACGGCGGGAUCGGCGGUCCGCCAAGGGGGUCGGGAGCUCCGGGCUACGGCGCGCCUGGCGGAUGGCGGGACGCCGACCCUGCGGGGCUCAGACGAGGCGAUCUGAGCUCCAUGGCACCACCAGGCCUGGCGCCACCUGGCACGCUCGGAUUGGGCGGCAUGGCGGACGACCAUCUGGGCCCGCCUCCCCCCGGGUCGGGCAUGCGAAUGGACCUGGCGGGUCCGCCCAUGCCGCGCGGGCCGGGGGGUCCGCCCAUGCCCAUGCCUGGGGGAAUGGGCGCGCCAGGGGUUGGGCCGGGGGGGAUGCCGCCAAUGGACAUGCAUCCGGGGGACAUGCCCAUCCCGCACGACGCGUCCCCCACGCUAUACAUCGACAACCUGCCGCCCGACUGCUCGCGCCGCGAGGCCUGCCGUACGUUCUACGCUGUCUUGUCCCUCGCACCCUCCUGUCCCGCUGCAUUCUGUCUUCCCCUCUCCUCCGUCCCUCCGCGCCCUGUCCGUCCCCCCCGCGCAGACAUAUUCCGGCCGUUCAUCGGCUUUAAGGAGGUGCGCCUUGUGCCCAAGGAAGUGCGCCGGGGCGGCGAGCCCGAGAAGCUCAUCCUCUGCUUCGUCGACUUCGCCGACGCGCGCUGUGCUGCCACGGCGCUAGAAGCGCUGCAAGGUGGGGAUUCCUGCAAGGUAGGGACGGCUGCAAGGUAG